AUGCACUCUGUCGUUGAUCAAAAUCAGAAAAGUAAAGCCGAUAUCAUUGAAGAGCGCCGGUCCAAUCUUCCGCUACCUGACGAUCCACCCGUAGCUUCGGACUGGAACAGCAAUGACCCAUCUACGGUCAAUGUUGGCUCUGGUGGUAUACAAAGUGACGUAUCAUAUGGCGGUGGGAGCAGUGCAGGGCUUCGAGGGCCCGCUACAAGUGACAGCGGAGCACGUACUGAUGGGGAGACAUUCAACAAAGAGACCGGAGCACCAGGUAGCGUUGGGAGGCAAGGACACGACAAUCUAGAUGGUUUGCCAAAAGAUGCUCUCAAAAGAUGA